ACAAAGCGGAAAUGGCCAGAGGGGCCCAAAAAGACCAUAGAGUCGCAGCGGAAGUGGCCUCAUCGCCACCGGAACCAUAGAGACGGAGCGGCAGUUGCCGGCGCGGCCCCGGUUCCCUUGGAGACGCGGCGGGAGCGCCGUGAGGGCGGCCCGGGCCUUUCGGGGUUCCCGGGGAGUUUUGGGGGUCCCGGGGCGCUCGCGGCUGCCUCGGGCGGUCCCGCAGGCCAUGGCGGACCCGUCGCUGCUCUCGGCCGAGCUGGAGGCGGAGGAGGAGGAGGCGGCGGCGCUGCGGCGGCUGCUGCUGCAGGUCCCCCCGGAGUGUGAGGAGGCGCCGAGCCCCGGGCCCGCCAGAGCCGUGACCCCGCAGCCGGGGCUGUGCGUGAAGACCCGCGCGGCGGGCGGGCAGAAGGUGUUCCUCAACGUCUGCCACUCGCCCGAGGUGCCGCCGCCGCCCCCCGUGCCCCCCCCGGGGCUGCAGCGGCUCCUGCGCGACCCCCCCGGCCCCGGGGGCUCCUUCCGCAUCCCCAUGAGCCUGGGGGAGCCCCACGCCGAGCUCGACCGAGGAGGCCGGGGCUGCACAGCCUACGACGUGGUGGUGAACUCGGGCUUCUUCAGGACCCUGCAGGCCGACCCCCUGUACCUGGAGUUCUUCCUGACCGUGGCCAUGGAGGGGCUGUCGGACAAGUACGGCGUGGAGCUGGAGCUCACCGGCUGGCGCGUGCUGCGGAACCGGCGCUGCCUGGGCUCCCUCUCGGCGCAGAACAUCCGCGCCAGGGCCCGGCCCCGCAUCCAGGAGCUCGCCGGGGACCCCUCCCCAGACCCCUCGGGCCCCCCAGGGCCCCCCCGGUUCGUGGUCGUGGCCCGGCCCUCGGCGCGGGAGCCGCAGGCGCUGCAGGCCCGGGUGCACCUGCCCCAGGCGGAGGGGGCGGGGUCUCUGUGGCUGGGGCUGAGCGAGGAGCGGCUGCUGCUGUGCCCGCCGCCGCCGCCAGGGGGCGCUGCCGCGGGUCCUCCCGGCCGCCAGGGGGCGCUGCUGGAGCUGGGGCUGCCCCUGCGCGCCGACCCCGCGCGGUGCCGCGCGCGCUUCCACCGCCGCUCCAAGGUUCUCACCGUGACGAUGCCGCUGCUGCGCGCCUGAGGGACCCCCCGAGACCCCCCCAAAACCCGGCCGGGAACCCCCCGGGACCCCCCGAGGAUCGCCCGGGACCCCCUCAGGAUCACCC